GUUCUAAUUGAUGCCUCUCUAAACAAAGCCGGAGCCGUUUGAGAGCGGGAAGAUGCGUUUCAACACGAAAGAACUGGCAUAUUAUGCCUCCACGCGCUUCGGUAAGGCUGACAAGGAGGGCGCACUGUGGAUGAAAGAAUAUGAAGGACUUAUAAAGAAGAAAGAGACCUACACUCAGAGAUGGUUCCUGCUGACUGGAAACCUACUGUUCUACUGUAGGGAAGAGCAUCCAGAUUCAAUGGUGGUGGGUCUGAUAAUAGUGGAGAAAUGCCGUGUGGAGGUGGAGAGCACUGAAGGCAACCGGAAUGGAUUCCGACUCAUGUUUGACGAGGAUGGAGUUGGAUACUCGUUUGUAGCCAACUCUGCCAGGGAACAAGAUGAGUGGAGAACAGCUAUCGCCACCACCAGUUACGAGUACCUGAGAAUGGCGUUCUCUGAGCUGCGAGGACAGCUGAUGCACCUCACUGGAAAGGAUCCUCUGGUGGAGGACCAUCCUUUGGGCACUCUCCCUAUAACUACAGUUCCAGCUCUGCCGACGACGGCACCUGCAUUUGAAGGAAAGGCAGUUUUUGAGCUCUCUCUCGCCUGCAGCUCCCUGGUGGGCAGUCUGCACGACUCAGUCCCCAACAGUCUAAUAGUCACCAGUUGCAUGCGCCCACCUCAGGCCUACUGGAUACGAUACGCACAAACUGAAGUGGUUGAGCACAACUGCGACCCUCAGUUCUACACGACUGUUGUCUUCUACGCUGGCUCUGUCUCUCUCCACACUCGCAUCAAAUUUGAAGUUUUUGACAAACAUGAGUCCAAGAUGUGUCCUAUAGGACAGGCUACCUGCACAGUCCUGGAUAUUAUAAAGGCUCCAGACACUUGCUGUCGACUGGAGGUGAAGUUUGAUGAUGUCACAUGCGGAUACCUCCACAUCCGAGCAUGGAAGUCGGAGGUCAAUGGAGGAGAGAGUGGCCUGGAGCUCUCGGCUGGCUCUCAGGUGACCAAAUCUCCCACACCAGACCUUCUGUCUGAGGAGGACGUCGCAGAUGGAGGGGGCGGGGCUUCGGAACCAGGGUCAGAGUUCAUGUCUCCAGCCAAGUUCUCAUUCAGUGCUCCAAUGGACAACAUUGUGGUCCGCAGCUACCUUUUCCCUGUCAUUAACAGUAGUGAUGAGAAGCUGAAGGUGACUGAAGUGAUGGGUGAAGGAAGAUAUUCAUUUAGCAUCCCCAUGCAGCUACUAGAACUGUUUAUUGAGGAGGAGACCAGAGCUCUGCAGCAGUAUGCCAGUCUCGAGGGACUGCGACAAGAAUGGGAGAUUGGCAGGCAGGAGGUGGCUCUGGUCCACUCGGAGAUGAUCUCACAAUACAAGGAGAACUGCAGUGGACUCCAGGCCCAGCUGGAGGCUGGAGUCACUUUCAAGAAGUCCACAGCAAAGGGUAUGCCUGAGCUGGACUUUGUACCUGUAAACCUGCACAUUCAGCAGAUGAAGGUUGGACGCGGGGAGGAAGAGAAAGAGAGAGUGGUGUACACGUGUGUGACGGCAGGUUGUCCGACUGCCUACAGUCACAAGUUCAAACAGGGAGGGCUGGCAAAACUUCGCUCCACCACUCCUCUUGCCAACAUUGGGUCCACCAACCCCUCCACAGUCACCAAGACUCAGAGGGGACAAGCACUGCUUGGUCAGAUAGAAGUGGUACUGGGGGACCUACAGAAGGAGGUAGACUCCAUCAGAUCUGCAGCCAGAGGUCGUGUCUUGACCAGUGUACACACUUCCACUCGUGCCCUCGCUGAGAAUGUCCACAAGCUCAAGAGCCUGUGUAACAUCAACCUGAUCCAUGACUCCCUCAGGGACUUGGCUGGAGCUGUAGAACCAGAGUUCAAACUCUCUGAAACUAACGUCGUUGCUCUGUGUAGAAGAGUGGAGGAGCAUGUGGUGUCAGUGGAAGCUGUGGUGUCUUCCCUCACCCCCUCCAAUAUUGAGAGGUGGUGUGAGCUACUGGAGAAACCUCUGGUGGACUUCCUCUCUGCUCUUACCACCACAACCACCAUCUUCAGGAAGGCUGUCAUCUUCCUCUUCCUCAGAGAGUCAUACAGUCUGCUCCAGGAGAGGGUUCCGCUGGGUCUGAAGAGCUACCUCCAUCGCCAUGACAUUGUGUUCUCCCAGGCCGUGACUGUCACCAUCACCUCCUUUGUCUUCAAACUUCUCCAGAGUUUUGCCGUUCCUUCCUUUCUCACCCAGCUCCACAAGGUUGGGUUUCUCCUCCACUGGGAGAGUCUUCUGUCCACUCACGGAGACGAACAAGGAAUGUUGGAGGACUUUAUCGUCGCCAUCGCUGACAUCAACCAACUCACUUUCAAGGUGCACGUCACUACCAAUGCUCCCGAUGUGGGGAUAAUUAGUCUCUUGAGCUGGGCGGGUGGAUUGUUUUGGAAACCUCGGUCUCUGUCACUUUCCAUAAAACUUCAUCACUUUCAUAUGCACACCUGUACAGUAGUUACAUAACGUACAACAAUAACUUCCGAGAAUCGUUAAAAUUUUUUGUGUAAAACACGUUUUGUGAAUGCAGCCGGCUGCCAUAAUGCUAAAGUCUAAUAUUUUACAGUGUCAUGAUAGUCUCCAUUUCCCUCCCCCAAGCUGUGUCUAGCAGAGACGCUGCAGGACUUCCCUCAGGUCUCAGGCAGUCGCUACAAGAUGUGUGUGGAGGUUCCAGUCCAGAAGACAAUGUUCCGUCUCCUGCCAGCCCCCCUCCAGAAUGGUGCUGAGAUCUCUGUCUCUGCCAUUCUCUUCACCCAGGGAAUCAAUGAGCAGCAGACCAUCGCCGACAGGUUUGGAGACAGCACUCUCCAGGACCAGAUCAACAUCCGCAGUCUCACCGAACUCACCUCCUACUGCUCCAGAUACAGAGAGUGUCUCGGGAACUCCAGCACGACACUGGUCCAGAAAAGCCUGAGAAGUUUCCAACUCCUCGAGCAGCUGAGGAUUCACGUCCAUUCCCGCAAGUCAAAGAAAGUAGAGAUCCUCGCACUAAGCCAAGAGAUUUGCCGUACUGUUGACGGUGGAAGGGUAACCAGUUGUAAGAGUGCUAAAGAUCGAACUGCAAUGGGUGUGACGCUGGAACAGACACAGAUUCUUGUGAAGGAAAUGAAAAUGGCUCCUUCUGAGUACCAACACUGCCUGGACACCAUGCGCAGUUACGGGACUCGUAUCAGAAAUGCAGAGAAGAACAUUGGAGCUCGGCAGUAUGCCUUCAACGCCCUGCAGGUUCUGACCCUCCCAAUACCAUACAGACCGCCCGAGAACACCUACAAGAAAAAACAGCAGCUACAGACAUAGCUAUGGCUUCACCCCACCCCACCACUGUACUCAAGGGGUGAAAUUACCCCACUCCACCCCAUCCUUCAGUUUAGUCCACAAAUCACGUGAUUUAUGGGGUGUGGGACUUUUAAAUCGCACAGUAUUCACUGUCCCCUCCAGUUGCUUUUUAAACUUGUGAAAAUUGCUGUUUCAGAGCAGAUGAAGAGGAGAGAGAGAGAGAGAGAGAGAGAGAGGGUGAGAGUCAGUGAAGUCCUCCAGUUCUCCAUAAGUGGUAGGACUGGAAGAGAAGGCAGUAGUUGUAGCCCAGUGGGAGGGAGAAGAGGUAGACAAACAGCACACCCAGUCCCACAUACAACAGUCCCAUCGUGUUGUCAAGAGAUGGGAGAGCUGUAUAUCCGAGGAAGGUGAGGUAUGUAUAGUAGAGAAAUCCAGCAGACCAGAGGGUAUUGGCCACUAUCAGACUCCCUAUGUUGGCCCUGGCUAGCAGUGGCCAUGCAACCAACUGGACUCCAUACACACACAGCACCAGAGGAAAAAGGGAAUUGAGAUGAACAUCGAAGCAGUAGGACCACUCCACUUUCCCUGCCUUGGCCCCUGGCUUCCUCAGAGCAUAACUUGCCACAAGCCACAUGACUGUUGCAACAAGAACAGCAGCAAUCAGUCCGUCAGCUAGUACUGCCC